AAAGAGGUCUAGUGGAGUGAGAACGAAAAGUAAAAGAGGUAGUAAGAGUACUGACGACAUGCAGCAGCAAACACCAGCCGAAUGGGUGAUCAACAUCAAUGAUUGCAUUAGAGAAGGAAAUGGCAUUGAUUCAGGCAGAUCAUGGACUAUCUACAGAGUUCCUAGAAACAUGGCUGAUAUUCACAGGAAUGCUUAUAUCCCCAAACUCGUGUCAAUUGGUCCUUUUCACUGCGGUGAUAGGCUCUUACAACCUAUGGAAGAUCACAAGAUGCGUUACCUCUGGUACAUUUUGGGGUACAACUGCAAUGAUGAAGGUUGUACUACCCUCUCUGGUCAAGAACCCGGACCUUCAGCCCCUUCAGCAGAGAUGAUGGUCAUGGAUGGUUGCUUUAUUAUCAGGCUCCUUCAUCUUUACUACAGAUACUACUACUGCGAAGAUGGUUUACAGGAACCUGUGAAUGAUCCAAUUUUCAAAGCACGCUGGAUGCUUCGCAGCCUUCAGCGCGACCUCUUGAUGUUACAAAACCAGCUUCCGUUUUUUGUUCUACAAGAAUUAUUCAACUUAAUUAGCUGUCCUGAACAAGAUAAUGUUUCUCUAGCUGAGCUAGCAGUCAGAUUUUUUAAUCCAAUUAUUCCAAGAGAACUGAUGAACAUGGAUGAUUUAGUCGAAGCAGAUGUUGUGUAUGAUCAUCUUCUUGGCUUAUUCCGUGGAAGUUUCAUCACGCCAUUAAAAUCUCGGUAUAAGCGUGGAAAGAAGAAAUUUCAUCCGACAACUCCAAGCAUCAGGCUUGCUCAACAAGAAAAACAAUUGAAUUAUUGUGUUACAGAACUCAAAGAGGCAGGAAUUAAGUUCAUCAAGAAAGAGCAAAAUGAUGACCUACUUAGCAUAGAUUAUGAUGAAGAUGGCAUCUUAAGGAUCCCUCAGCUACACAUGGAUGAUAAUACUGUCCCUUUCUUUCUAAAUUCUAUAGCUUAUGAACAAUGCCACGAAAAAGCACAACCCUAUUUUACUAACCACUUCAUUUUCUUUGACUGCUUAGUGAACACUUCCAAAGAUAUCGAUAUUCUACACAACAAUGGAAUCCUAAAUCAUGUGCUAGGAAGCGACAAGGACGUAGCUCAUCUAAUCAAUAGGUUAUGUCGAGAGAUAGUAUAUGAUGUUGAUGUGAAUCACUUACAAAGACAAGUGAAGGGACUAAACAACUAUUACAAGACCUACUACAGUACUAGAUGGCAUAUUUGGAUGAGGAAUUUGGUCCAUCAGUACUUCAGCAGUCCAUGGACAUUUCUUUCCCUCAUUGCAGCCAUCUUUCUGUUGAUAUUGACGACAGCCCAGACCUUCUUUGAUGUUUACUCCUAUUUUAAACCAUCCCCGCCAUAACACUUGAUUGUAUGUUUAAGUCGAUUUUCUCAUGUCUUCCUAAGCUCUGAAUUGUUUCCCAGCUAGUAGUCUGGGCUUAGAUAAGUUUCUCUAGUUCCCCUGUAACUUGUGCUAUCCCGAAUCUUAAUGACCAAAUGCAAUAAAACA